CGGACAUUCUCAACACCCACUUCCUAUAUUGCGCAUUGCCUCAUUGUAAUGGAUAUCAUUGAAAAACAGCAGUUGUUGUUUCACUUGUACGCCGUUCUCGUGGCAAACAGUAUUCUGAUGUACGAUCAUAUGGUGACCCUCCCAGAAGAAAUCAAGUUUAUUUGGUGUCGUCCAAGAAUACUGUCUGCAAUGUUCUUUUUCGUCAAUCGCUACUUUGCCCUGGUCGUCAAUAUCUUUGGCUUGUUUAUCGAUUUCCUGCCCGCCGUUUCAGAUGAGAGCUGUUCGAGAUACAUGCUAGUCAGAGAGCUGUUUCUUUUUCUUCAACAAAUAACUGUUUGCCUUACAUUGACUCUGCGCAUUUAUGCCCUGUACAAUCGUAGCAGGCGCCUGCUUAGUUGCAUGGUUAUCAUCGGCCUUGCUCUUUUGGGAGGAGCGUUUGCGGGUUCUUUUGGAGAUAAUUCAAAUACUGUGAUUUACAUACAAGGAAGUGAUUGUCAUAACACAUUCACAGCAGAGACAGCCGCCCGUUCUGGGCUGGCUUGGGUUGCAGUUUUUGUCUACGAAUUACUCAUCUUUGUCCUCACAGUCUUCAGGACUUGCAAGACCAGGGGAUUUCUGCGGUUAUCUGUAUCCAGCAAAAAUAUCCUUGAUAUCAUAUUUCAAGAUGGUGCGAUGUAUUUCGCAACGAUGACAUUGAUUAAUAUACCCAACAUUCUGACGUACUAUUGUGGUUCAGUGAGCACACGCCUGCAUCUUGCAAUCCGGUUGGCUAUUUGCUGACGAUUGACAAGUAUAUCACCAGGGGAAAUCUAGCCACAUUCACUAGUUGCAUGUCCGUCACUCUCAUCUCUCGGCUGGUGCUUAACCUGCACAAAUCUACGGAUGAUGGCAUUUUCUCCACCGCCAUCUGGGACGAUGACCCCA